UCUUUUGUUCUUAAACAUUUGAAUUAGGAACAAUUGUUCUGGCUUUGCAUCUUCUCUGAGUGUGCAGAUUGCUAAGAACUGUAAUCUCUUUAAUCUGUUUGCUGAAGCACAUUAACUUGUUUCCACUUGUUCCUAGCUGGCUGGUGUUAGGACCCAGAAAAGAGACAGCAGCAACGUGAUAUAAAUAGAGUACCAGAAUGGGACAAAGUUUGAGAAGAAAGCAUGACAUCACUCAGACUUGCUCUCCACCCAAAAAGAUCUGGGAUGGAGGUGCAAACGUGAGCUGGACAAGCGAGGAGUUAGCAACUCUUUUCAGCUCAGUUCCUGAGGAAAUAGUGCGAGUUAUACGCUCUAUGCGCUAUAAGGAAGUACAUUUUCUUGCUAGCAAAACCAAAACUGGCUUCAGAUCUCUGACAACGUGAAAGUAAUUGAAAGGAAAAGACCAUAGGAAGAAAGUUGAAAACAAGAUAUUUUCUUUUUGGCACAGAUUCUAACAGAAAUACUUGACUUCCUUCCAUGGAACAGUACAACUUUCGGAUCUGAUGCACAUUUCUUUUAAUUUUUCUCAAAUCAUAGUAAUUUAUUUAUGGUUAAAUGAAGAGAUCAAAGUGUGAAGCAAGCAAAUACUACUUAAAGGGUCUGGAAGGAUAUUAUAUCAUCACUGGAGGAACAGACUUUUUGAAUUUGCACGGAAAAUGUCCCUUUUAAUACGAAAAGUAGCUAAGGAAAACUUAUGAUUGAAAUCUUACAGGAAUUUGAUCUUGGUUGUACUUUUAACCUUAAAUAGACCAUGGAGAAUUUAUUAUCUCUGCUCUGUUGUCAUUAUUCUUUGCUGAUUUUAUUUCAGUUCCAGUAUCAGGUGUAUGGAAACUAUUCCCAGCUACUCAAACACCCAGGGUUCAAAGUUCUUGCAUCAGCUUCCCAUUACUGGCCAUUGGAAGAUGUGGAUGGAAUUCAUGAGUUUCGGGAUACGAAUGGAGAUAUUGUAGAAGGAAUGGUGAACAAAGGAAUUUACGUUCGUGAAAAGAAAGGAGUUACCUUUCUCUUCUUUGGAAGCUAUCAAAAUUCUUGCAUUAGUAACCCAGAAGUCUGUGGACCUGAAGGAGUAACAUUUUCCUUUUUCUGGAAGACUCAAGACCAGCAGGCUAAGUUUCCCCCUGCCUCCGGUGGACAAGUAAUUUCCAGUGGUUUCAAAAUCUGUUCAAAUGAAGGUGAAGGUUCAGUAGAAUUUUACACACGUGGGAAUGCAAUGAUGAAGUGGAAAGCAAGCUUUAGUCCACCAGGUCCUUAUUGGACUCAUAUUCUCUUCACUUGGAAAUCAAGAGAAGGACUGAAAGUCUAUGUCAAUGGAACUCUAAACACUUCUGAUCCAGAAGGGAAAGUUUUCUAUGAUUACGGAGACCCCAAGGCAAAUCUGCUGACUGGGACAGAGGGGGAUCAAACUAAGCGCUAUGUGAAUGGUGCAUUUGAUGAAUUCAUUAUAUGGGAAAGGGCACUCACCCCCAAUGAAAUUGAGCAGUACUUUACAGCUGCUGUUGGUGUGCAAGUUUUGCUUUCUUCAACACUUCCGUGGUCUAUGAUGACAACUACUGCAAAACCUUUGCUGUCUACAAAUGCCUAUCAUCCCAUCAUAACUAACCUGACCAAGGAGAGAGGGAACUUCCGCUCCCCCAACACCAUGCUGGACUACCUGGAAAAUGUGUCAUUCAGCUUGCCCAACAAAUCCUUGUCAGAAAAUACUGCUCUAAGCCUGACAGAGGCAUUUUUAAAAGCCAUUGAAGACUUUCUGCUGUUGCCCAACUGGUUCGAAAUACCUGAGACUGCUCACAUAUUUGGAAGUUUAAUUCAAACUAUUGACAGUGUGAUGGUGCAUAUGACACGCAAUCUGGAAGAGAACACAUUACCUCUAACUGUUGAGGGCACAUCAUCUGUGGCAGAUUACACCUUGGCUAGAAUGCAUCCUCAGACUCUGAAUUUGUCCCGUUAUCGCUUUCCAUCUCGAGGACAGAGUUAUAUUUCCAUUCCCAGUGAAGCUUUUCAAGAAAAAGCUUGGAUUACCAUUGUCGGUCUAUUUUACCAUAACAUGCACUAUUUCUUUCAUAAUAUCAACCCUAUGGAUACCAAGAUUGCUGAAGCUGCUGCCUACAAAGGCUAUAUGAUCUCAGCAACCAGCUAUCUCAUCUCCAUCAAAGUAGAUCCUCCGCCCAAGUUGUCCCACAAUCUGUCAGGAGCUCCUCUUAUUACCAUCCAGCUCACACACAAAUUGAGUCCCAAACAAUACAGCCUAGCACUAAAUAAGAGUAACAGAGUUCAUCUUUACUGUGCCUUUCUGGACUAUAGCAAUGGAACUGGUGUCUGGUCUAAUGAAGGUUGUGUGCGUGAGAGCGGGGACCUCAACUACUCAGUGUGUCUUUGUAACCACCUCACUAACUUCGCCAUUCUGAUGCAAGUGGUGCCUCUGAAGCUAACGAGAGAACACCAGGUGGCCCUCUCCUCCAUCACUUACAUCGGCUGUGCUCUGUCCAUCUUCUGCUUGACGAUCACGCUGGUCACAUUUGCUGUGUUGUCGUCUGUGAGCACCAUCCGCAAUCAGCGCUAUCAUAUCCAUGCCAAUCUGUCCUUUGCUGUCUUGGUAGCUCAGAUCCUGCUUCUCACCAGUUUUCAGUUCAGCCCUGGAACGCUGCCUUGCAAGAUCUUGGCCAUUCUCCUUCAUUUUUUCUUUCUGAGUGCUUUUGCAUGGAUGCUGAUGGAAGGAUUUCAUCUCUACAGUAUGGUGAUCAAAGUAUUUGGGUCAGAAGAGAGCAAGCACUUAUAUUAUUAUGGAAUUGGAUGGGGGUGCCCAUUGGUGAUCUGUGUAAUUUCCGCAACAUCAUCCCUAGACAGCUAUGGAGAAAAUGACAACUGCUGGCUUUCACUACAGAAUGGAGCAAUCUGGGCUUUCGUGGCACCGGCAUUGUUUGUAAUUCUGGUCAAUAUUGGUAUUCUCAUCGCUGUCACAAGAGUUAUCUCAAGAAUCAGUGCAGACAACUAUAAGGUCCACGGAGAUGCCAAUGCCUUCAAACUCACAGCUAAAGCUGUUGCUGUUCUCUUACCAAUCUUGGGAAGCUCGUGGAUCUUCGGGAUUCUGGCCGUCAAUACCCACACGUUGGUAUUUCAGUAUAUGUUUGCUGUUUUCAAUUCACUACAAGGAUUUUUCAUGUUUCUGUUUCACUGUCUUCUGAAUUCAGAGGUUAGAGCUGCUUUUAAGCACAAAACCAAGGUCUGGUCCCUUACCAGUAGCUCGACUCGCAACAUCAAUGUGAAACCCUUCAAUUCAGACAUUAUGACUGGGAACAGGCCAGGCACAACCCCCACAAAGCUGAACACCUGGGAUAAAAGCACCAAUUCAGCCAACCGCAUUGAUUUAUCAGCAGUCUGACAGUAAUACCAGCUCCUCAGUGAAAAUCAAGCCAUACAUUCAGGACCUCUGACACAGUGUCCACCACUUUUUUCUCACCGUUAAUACCAGUAGAAAACUGCUUUUUUAAUCACUGCCUAAUAAAUUGGAAAUUGCCAUAUUUUGUCAA